CAAGAAAUAAUAGACUCCUAACGAAAUUUAACAACUUUGAAAUUAAGAAUCGCUGAAAUCUCAUUUAAAUGUAACUUCUAAUCAGUAUUCCCUCAUGUGAUAGCUACCUCUCUGUAAAAGGACGGCUUUCUUCAAGCAUCGAAGAUAACUUUAUUUUUGCUCUUAUUUAACGAACCUGUGCAACUUUGGAGUUACAUCUUGCUACUCGAGAGACGAAUGCGGCACUAGCCAAAAGUAUUCUACGUGUAAAACUUGAUAAGUAAUCAUUUAAACGUGUAGCAUUUGCCGACCUUUGAGUAUGUUCAGCAAGUAUUUGGUCGCGUUCUUCAGUUUUUCAUUUUUAGUUCGUGUGCUAACGGCUUACGAAUGUACGCCAUGUGAUCUCCGGACGUGUCUUCAGAAGCCGCUGCAUACCUGCGAGAACGGCCGGACUCUGGCUCGAGACCCGUGCGGAUGCUGUGAUCAUUGUAGCCGGCUGGAAUGGGAGCCCUGUGGCGGACCCGAUUGGACUUUGGGCUACUGUGGCUUGGGACUGACCUGUGCGGCUGUCAACCGAACCGCAGCUGCAGCGCUGCCCGAAGUGGGGAUCUGUAAAGUGUUCCCGGACAGCCCCGAGGCAGGAGUGGAGGAUGAGCGCUGUCCCCUGCUGAGUGGCUGUAACAGGGCGGGGGGAAAUUGCAUCUGCAAUGCGCGCCGUGCCUGUAUCAGCACCUUCACCUACCCCAACAUGGAGGCCUGCGUCAGGGCCACCAAGACAGAGGGCCGGCGCCAUGACAGGGAGCACAGGGAGAAGCACAGGGAGAAGUUUGUGGGUCCGUCCAACCCCGCCUGCAUGUUCUCCGGGUGCAACCUGACCACAGAAGGGUGUGUGUGUGAAUCCCAGAGCUGCCAUCAUCACUUCUCCUACAUCAACCGCAGCCAGUGUCAGGCCGCCGCAGAGGAGCUGAAAUGUGCUGGGAUCACUUGUCCAAGUCUGCAAGUUCCUGAGUGCCCUGAGGAUUCUGCCCUGAGUAAGAGCUACACGCCCCCUGCUGGCUGCUGCCCCACCGUGCCGCCCAUGUGCACCUGUGACCUCAGCAAGUGCCAGAAGCCAGAGUGUUCCAGCAGACACCAGCAGGUCCUAAUCAGAGAGGCCACAGGCAUCCCUGGAGACUGCUGUGACAAGUACGAGUGCCAAAGAGUUUCCCCCAAGUGUGUCCACAAUGGGAAGGAGUUUUCCGACGGUGAGGUGUACCGCAUGGACCCGUGCUGGCUCUGUCAGUGCCGAGGAGGGAUCUCCUUCUGCUCCAAGGCGGAGUGCGCUGAACUAGACUGUGAGAGCUUCUACAUUCCAGAGGGGGAGUGCUGCCCCAUCUGCAUAGACGUGGAGCUUCUGUCGGUGGACAGCGCAGAGGCCAGCUGCUGGGUGAACAACAAGCUGCGGCACCACGAGGAGCAGUGGAAGGAGGACGACUGCACCUUCUGCCAGUGCGUGGACGGCGACCCGCACUGCACUGCCAUGGCCUGCAAGCAGAGCUGCCAGAACCCCGUCAAGAUCCCCGGGGAGUGCUGCCCCUUCUGUAAGGAGCCCUCCUAUGAGACCGUCAGCCCCAUUCUGUGCCCCCGCCUGGAGAACUGCUCUCUGUCAGGGAAGGACUGUCCCUACGGCUUCUUGCAGGACAAGAACGGCUGUCUGCUCUGCCAGUGCCUGAACAACGAUUCCUGCCCGAACCUGGAGAAGUACUGCUCUCUCCAGUGUCCCUUUGGCUAUGAGAAGGAUGACUUCGGCUGUGAAGUGUGCGAGUGCAAACCUUCACCACAGAAAUGUCGCCCCCUGUUCUGUAGUAAGACCUGCCCCUAUGGUUAUGUGAGGAACAAGCAUGGGUGUGAGAUGUGUCGCUGCGUGAAGUGCGCUCCGUUCACCUGUGAUAAGCACUGCCCUGACGGCUACAGGCGGAACAAAAAGGGUUGCUCCGUCUGCCUCUGCAAAGAGAGUAGCCGCACUCCAAGCACCACGCCAGCUGUGCCAGAAAUCAGAUACUGCCUGACGGCCAAUGGGCACCGCUACGAGGAGGGCGAGAGCUGGCACGACGGCUGCCGGGACUGCUACUGCCACGCGGGACGGGAGAUGUGUGUGCUCAUCACGUGCCCGGUGCCCAGCUGCCCCCAUCCCGCAGUCAGACCCGACCAGUGUUGCCCCACCUGCGAGGACGAGUCGGGCAGCGGUCAGCCUGAGGGGGUGGACCUGGUGGUGUGCAGGGCUCCGGGUGGGGAGUUCUAUGUGGAGGGGGAGACCUGGGAGCUGGACGAGUGCACUCGCUGCACCUGCAGGAAGGGCCGGGUUCUGUGCGACACAGAGGUGUGCCCUCCUGCCCUCUGCCAGGCCCCGACCAGGAGCAAGGACACCUGCUGCUAUGUCUGCCCAGAGGACCGGUUCAAGCCUCUCCCGCCAGUCAACAACAGCCAGUUGGAUUACUGCAUCUCCAGCGAUGGGGAUGUGCUCAUGGCUGGGGACUCCUGGAAGGCCAACGCCUGCACCAGCUGCACCUGCAGCAACGGCACCAUCCAGUGUUUCUCUCAGCGCUGCCCGCCGGCCAACUGCAGGGUCCCAGUGCUCCGCAAGGGCCAGUGCUGCCCCUACUGCCUGGACAUUACAACCACCACAGCCCCAGUGACAGUGUCCACUGCAGCCCCCAAAGAAAACAUCACUGUGGUGGAAGGCAGUGGAAUCUGGAUCACCACAAACAAGCUGCCAGCCAUUGUCGUGACUACAGAUAGGAAAGGUCUCGGCGAAGGUUUCCCCAGCCAGACUGAGAUGGCUCUGAUCUACCAAUCAGCAGCCUGGAUCCUUGCCGGCCUCCUCCUGGCCAUCGUCAUCUUCCUCAUUGUGGCCAUCCUCAUCAACAAGAAGAAGAACUGGGUGCAGAUGUCCUGCUACAGUGCACCUAAAAAGGCCGUGAUCCUGAAGAAGCACGUGAAUAAGAACUCUGUCGUGUACAUGGAGCCAUCAAAGGAGAACAAGUUCCAGAGCGUGAAGAGCGACGGCAGCGUCAGCUUCUCGCCUGAGGCGGGCUCUCCUGGCGGGGAGAGGCUGGGCAUUCCUCGCGCCAAGCUGAGCCACGGGCCCGGCCGCGUGCCGCGCUAGGGCUGCGCCGGCCUCCGGGGAUCCAGUCUCAAAGGACAGCAGAGCCCUCCACCUUUCCUCAAACGCUUCCACAAAAACGUAUAAAAAGAAAAAAAAAAAUCACUCAAGAGAUACGUGCCUUGGAAUUCUGGAAGGCCUCACCUGGACGCACACGUGUCUCUUACCCUUUAGAAUGAAAGGCACACCACUUUGUUGCUGUGUCUACAAUGACGUUUCUUUGUUGUGUUGUUAUUUCCAAGUUCAGAGCUUUACGUUUCCCUGUUGUUGUCAUGAGGGGAACAGGGAGCCGUUACCUACAAGGACAUGGACCUGCUGGGCAGGAGAGAGACAGCAGGAAGGGGAUGUGGCAGGUGGACUGUGAAAGUUGGGACUGUAUCUUAUAUUCUCUCUGAUCAAAGGCCAACUGAAAGACAACCGGAACAUGGCUGGUAAAGGCAAUUAUAAAAAGCUUUAGGGAUGAGUAGAUUCCAAAAUUUUAUCUUGUUGUUGUAUAUUUACAUGCGUAUUAGCUGUAGCGUUAUUUCUAGUCCCUUCUCUGCUAUUGUUACUGAUGUAUUGCUGAUGGCAAGAUUAACAUUUAAAGCUGUGAACGCCCGACUAAACAUUCCCCACAAGCAGCAAUUUUCCCAGUUUUCUGCUGUAGGCUAUUCAUUUCGAGGUGGCAAAAGUCAUUCUUUAUUUCACAGAAACAGAAGUAUGGUUGUACUUUUCAGUUCAGACGUAGGUGUCAUUACCAAAUGACGAAAUUCUCGUUUGGAGUGAAAUACCUUCUGUCGGGCUGUGUCCUGCACCCUGACUUGGCUGCCUGUGCAUCCUCACCCUGGCAACAUCGAUGCACAGCUAGAAGCUCUUUCCCUCAGCUAUUAUGUCAAGCAAGGCAUCUUCCACACUGAAGCAAGGAGGAACCGUUGUAUCGGCACCAGACAUUUUCUUCCAGGAGUGCCAGAUCCACCCCGCCAGAACCUUGCUGCCACCCUUCCAGAACAAUCUUUCUGGAGCUCUCUGAGGAAAAUGAGUGUUAGGAGUGCACAGUUUAAUGGCUUUCUUACAGCAAUUCAUACAGAGUUAAUAUAUUUAGAGAAUGUAAAAAUAGUCUUUUGUAAUCACCCUGAGAAAAAAAAGAUUUAGCCUUAAUUAUUUAUUUUCAUUUAUAUUCCAGUGUUUAUGUUUAAUGGUGUAUGAGGCCUGAUGUGUGUUGAGUGAGUUCAUGCUUGGUGUGCUCUUGGAAACUGUUGGCACAGAAUGUUUAUCUGAAAUGUUUGGAUCUUCCUCCUGUAUUAGAAACACAAAGUAAGUGCGAAUUCUGUACCCCAAAGUAGAUAUUUCUUCUUCACAUAAUACAUUGUUCAUGAGUCUUCACAGAGGUCUGCCUUGACAAAUAUUGGAUUUUUACCCAGUGUCUGUAACAGCUGCUCAAAUCUACUAACAUAAGUCUGUAGCAAUAUUUAUAAAGGGUUAUUGUGAAACGAGCUGUGAAAGAUGAACAUACAACUUGAGAAUGUGUUAAAUUGAAAGCACUUGUGCAUUUCUUGCAAGCUAGCAGGUUUUACAAGGUUCAGACCAUGAUUUGAUUGAGAGAGAUUGUGUAUUCAGAUAUUAAACCACUCAAGUAUAAAUACAGUAACAGCACUGACAGUUCCAGCAAUAUACUGUACGUCUCAAAAAUGCCUUAGAUUUCUUAUAAUACAAACUCUCACUGUAAAGGGAAUGAUUAAGGAGUAUCUAUAGGAUAUGUGGCCUGUCAUUCACAAAAAAAUGUACCAUGAUGCCAAAGCAUGAGUGUAGA